AUGACUCUCUCUGUUCACCCCGCAACUGCCGAGGACAUCCCUCGAAUCCUCGACAUUCAAUCGACAGCGCUCAGGCAAAGUGGCUUUUUCCGUGCUUGUGGAGAAAUUAACAACCCGGGUGGUUUCCAGGACCAUGAUGAAAAAUAUCCCGAGCCCAUACGACGAGAACUUCAGACAAAGCGACUGGUUUAUCAGAUGGAACAUGACCCCGGGUUCCACCUCCUUAAAUGUGUCGACGAUGAGACGGGAGAGAUUCUGGCCUUUGCGAAGUGGAAUGUCUAUGUUGGCGGCCCCCAGGCGCUGCAGAGAUGGAGGGAGCAGAUGAAAACGGGCGAAGAUAUGUUUGUUCCUGAGGGAGCGAAUGUCGAGGGAUAUAGAUAUUGCAUGGGCAAGCUCUUUGAUAAUAGAAAGCUAUUCUUCGGUGAAGAAGGGAGGGAGAAUUGUGUUCUUGCAUUGCUGGCCACUGACCCUGCACAUGAACGACGGGGUGCUGGAACGUUGCUGGUAAACUGGGGCUGCGAUCUUGCCGAUAAACAUGGCGCAGAGACAUAUCUGGAAGCGUCACAGAGGGGAUACCCUGUUUAUGAACGACGUGGAUUUGAGGUUAUUCCGGCAACUGAAAAACAAUCAGCAAAACUACAUUUUGAUGCCAGCAAGUAUACUGGUAGAGGUCUAGGAGAAGGAGGCCAGGGUGAUUGGGCAAGGCUCACCAUCAUGGUGCGUAAGCCUAAGCCUACCAAGGGAUGAGUAUUUGGACCCCCGAAGAUAGUCAAAACUCAUAAGCUAGAUUAAUAUCUUCCGAUACACAAAUAUUGCUUUGAUACAUCACAACUUUCCAUUAUCAGGGGUAUCAAUCCGAGCAAGUCCAACUCCGUGUUGCCUACUAACCAACGCCGUUCAAACAAUUGAGUUUCUGAAUUUUAGCCAGCCUGGUAAACGGCUGGACCAGCAACAACAUGUGAAUCUAUCAGACUCAAAUUGAAAGGAGUUAGGAACAAAUCCUCAUCCGUAAUUGCAAUGAAGACCGUUCCAUUCACUGCUGGAUCUCCUUCAAAAGUCGCAAAAUCCGGCUGCACCGUUGUACC